UAUGAGAAGCUCGCACGCGCUAGUUAUUAAUGAUGUAUCGCUUCCACACAACGCUUCCCGCUGCUCCACAAUCCGCCCUUCACGACAUGCACUGUCACCGCUCCGACACUCCGCCCCAUGGCACUGACGAGUGCGGUCGCUAACGCCGCCGCCGCCGCCGCCGCCGCCGGGGCAGGCAAGAAGGCGGCCCAGGUUCAACUCCAGGCCGAACUCAACACCGACGAUGAGUGGAAUAAGUUCAUCAAUAGAGACGGACUUUUAGUGAUAGACGUGUACACCGAAUGGUGUGGACCCUGCAUCGGGAUGGUUGGGAACCUCAAGAAAAUCAAAGUGGAGUUAGGUGGAGACAACCUGCACCUCGCCAUCGCUAAGUCAGAUACGAUUGAAUGUUUGAAGCGGUUCAGGAAGAGAAGUGAGCCCACUUGGAUGUUCAUUGCUGCCGGUCAACUUUUGAACGUGGUAUUCGGGGCGGACGCUCCCCGACUAGCCCGCACCAUAGAACAGGAGUUGCAGAACGAGGAGUUGGCUAGAAAAGGAGAAAGAGAACGACCUAAAAGAGCCCCUCAUGAGCUUACGCCUCCUGAGCAGGAAGUAGCCGAGGCUAAAGAGAAGCUGCAACAAGAGCGGCGUGCUCGGGAAGAGGCAGCAGUGGAAGCCGCAAGGAUAAUGAGACGCGAGACCAGGGCGUGUCGCUUGGAGACGCACUUCGCCGAUGUGUGUCCGGCGCUCGUGAUGCCACAUGCUCAGAAACAUUUGAGGAAGAUUACCGAUGCGUUGGAGCCUCAUGGAGUCAUUCUAGCAGACAAAUGUCCAAUACUCCUUGGUAAAGAUGGAGUCAGAGUCCUUGGCGUCGAAGAGCUUGAGCUGGCAACGGAAGCUGCGAUAUCAGCCAUCGCAGAAAGACCCUCAUUGGCUUUACUGCUGAAAAAAACACCGGAAAAGGAUGGUGACGUCAUAGAACUAUGUCGUCGGGCGCUCUACGGUGAUGGCGUCAAGACAGGAGACGGAGAACCGAACAAGAAGGUCCCCGCUGAGGAACUGCGCGCUGAGUCCACGCCGGGAGUAUACGUGCCGGCUGACAGGCACCAGAGAGCUGCUGUGCUGGACUUGCUGUUCCCAAAACAGAUGGUGUCGUCGCUGGUGGAGCCGGGGCCGCCCCCCACGGCGCCGCACAUCGCGCUGAUGUUCGGAGCGUGGCAGCGCCGCGCCCUGCUGGCCGUGUGCGACACCUCGCGCCUGCUGCACUACGGGUUCUUCGCUGACGCCAGCCUGACCGAGCCCAAGCUACUGGCUAAGAACAUAGAACAGUACGAGCUCAGACCAGAAAAGGAUUUCUCUGAAACAAUAGUCCUGAUGAUAGCAGUAGGUCUGGCGGCGCCUGAGCUGGCAGAUCCCAAAGACAUUCCACCUCAAGGUCCACCAGAACAGUUAUUGGCGUUAGGUCCUCUGCACGUCAGUGAAGACGCGGUCGUGGGAGCGGAAGAGUGCGCUAAGUUCUUUCCACCCGGUUACAGCGAGCCCGAGCCGAAACCGAAGCAAAAACCGAAGAAAAAGAAAAAGUUUUCGUUGCAGACCAAACGGCACGAAACUAAAGAAGACCUUACGGAAGAAUCUAAUGCGCAAAGUCAAAGCAUUGAAACUGGUGAACCUGGCGAGUCGGAAGCGGCUGUUGAAGGGGACAACGACGGCGACGCAGAGGUGGAGGGAGACGUCGAGGGGGAGGGGGAAGUCGAGGAGGACGGAGAGGAUGGAGAAGAGCAGCAAGCGGUUGAUAAGGCCACGUCCCCUCCGCCGCCCGCGCCGCAUUGAACGCCAAACUUCAAUUUUCUUGGAAUCGACUCUCGGAACUCUAAUUCUCACACAGCAACGCGAUACAAGUACAUGUACAGCUUCAUAUACAGCUGGUUUGGUAACCUGCGCCACGGCACUCGCUUCAAGUCUAUGGGUUUCGGUGACCACUUAACACUAGAUGGACCGUGAGCUCGUUGACCCAUGUAGCACAAUUAAAAAACUCAUUUCUCCGCUUUUCAUUAGGCAAAUAACCUAGGGCAGUGUUUACCGUAGUUUUAAAUUUUGUUACAAAAUUACUUUCGAAAUCGUUCAAUAAAUAAAACAACCAAAUAC